GUACAUGGAGAAGCACAUUUUCAGCCCGGCCUCAAUGGACAGCAUGGGUUUUGUGCUGGACAAGUCGCUCUCCAAACAAUGUGUUUCCACAGGUGUGGGCUGCACCACUGACAUGCCUGAGGUAGAGAGCUGUACUGAGGCUUUGCAAGUUGACCUCAUAUCAAUACCGUAUUUGGAAAACCUGCAGCACUGCUCUCGUGAGCCCUGAGACUAUCAUCCAUGGAUUCUACCAGCUGUUGCUGAUGGUUUACCUGGUUCUAGAUGGCGCCGGUUGAGGCUACGCGUCAUGGGAAUGCUCGGCUUGCUGUGUGGACGCAAAGUGGUGGACCACUUAAAGCCUGCAGGAAGUGGAGUGAUUCUACCGCUGAAGAUUUGGGACAGGUCGUUGAAGUUUUUCCAUCCUGACGCCGGAAUUGUAGGAACUGGAGCUGAUUUUGUAGAGUGGUUAAAGAUCAUGACCAACAAUGGCAAAGGAAACGAUGCAAGACAGAUCUUCAGCCAGUUCGUACUUGACGCACUCGCCACACCUACUACACCAGAGCUCCAGCCUCCAUUUGCAUUGGAUGCCCCGACCACACGUGGCCGGCUCUUUCCGGUGCGUGGUGACCGACUACCGAGGAACAAAGCACAUCGACCUUUCAACAGCUUUCCGGGUCAGAAGUUCUCACUUGGUGGGUGCGUUAUCGUGGAACCUGAUAAGGCAGGCCUGCCAACAAGAGCAAAGGGUGCCUGGCAUUGGAUGGGUUUCGCGUCAACUUACUUUUUUGUCAAUCCGCGGGAAGAGUUGGCGGCCUGUUUCCUGACCCAAUUGGUCUCCCACAGGACCUAUCCAAUCCUUGAUGAGCUUGUUCAGGGCGUCCACGAAUCACUAACCUGACUGGUGCAAAAAGGCAUUGAGUGUUCAGCGGUCUUGGCUGCACUUUUCAUAAUUCAUUUCUUUGCAGAAUGAUGUCCCGC